AUGAGUUCUGUACAUGUCGAAGAUGUCCAAAGUCAACACUCAACUGAAAAUGGGUUUGUUGAUUUGCUGUCAGGUCAGCCUGAUGGUGAGGGCUAUAGAUCUUUCAACGUGAACAGUCUUUCCUCUGAUCAUGCUGUAACGCCGACGGGCAUGAGAGAGGAAAUUUUGCUUUUAUCUUGGCUUAUCGUGCUGUUACGAACCCGAGAAGAAGGUAGCAAGAUAUCUUAUGAUUGGGCUUACAAAAGUAGAGACGAUAAUUUUGAGCUUGAACCCGUGAAAGGGCGUCUCUCGCUAGACGAAGUAACGACAGAAUUACAGAAUACUGUCGGACAAGCUACUUCGGAAAUUUCAUUUCAUAUCUCGAAAGUUGCAUCGAGUCAGGAUGCCGCCAUUUCCAAUUCUGUCUCGCUUCUCUUGAGCACCAGCUCUUUAUCACAAACGUCUGAAGAGGCGAAAGAUGAAGUGAGCAAACGAUCCAUGGUAUUCUCCACCUCGAAAUACGUUUUGUCAAUGACCUUCUGGAAAUCCGACCCGUAUGGUACACGGAGACCAUCAAUCGAUUCCUGGGAUGGUACUUUGACAUACGCUCAAAUCGAUCAAUAUUCCACUUUCGUAGCAUUCUCUUUGAGAGAAAUGGGUGUCAAGUUACAUGAUGUCUUACCUGUCUGUUUUGAGAAAUCAAGAUGGACAAUAGUAGCCGUGCUUGCGGUGAUGAAAGUUGGGGCAACUUUGUUGAUGACUGACCCAACGCUUCCUCUUGCCCGCCUUCAAAAUAUGGCGGAACAAGUACCCCAAAAGGAGUCAUGCUUUCUCAUGAGACAUAUACAAGCAGCGCGAUUCCUCGAGCCAAAGCAGUUGGGCUAUACGGAAGACUCCAGAGUUCUUGAUUUUGCAGCUUACGCUUUCGAUGUAAGCAUUGACAGCAUGCUAUUGACUGUUGGAAAUGGUGGAUGCCUCUGUAUCCCCUCGGAUGAGGAUCGACUAAACGACAUAAAUGGAGUGAUGCGGAAAAUGCGAGUCAAUUAUGCAGGCUUAACCCCAUCAGUUGCUCGAAUUCUGGACUCCGAUGUCAUAAAAUCGCUUAGCGGUUUGGGACUUGGGGGAGAAGCGUCGUCAGUUAGAGAUGUUACCAAUUGGGGUCAGGACACCAGAAUCAUUAUAGGCUACGGCCCUUGCGAAUGUACCAUUGGAUGUACGAUAAAUAGCGACACUGCUACUGGUAGGAAUUAUAUCUCUAUUGGAGAAGGAAACGGAGCUGCUAUAUGGAUUACCAACCCCGACGACCAUGAACAGCUGAUGCCAGUUGGCGCUGUAGGUGAAUUGCUUGUCGAAGGGCCAAUUGUAGGACAAGGCUACUUGAACGACCCUGUAAAAACUGCAGCAUCUUUCAUCAAAGAUCCUUCGUGGCUGACUGCAGGUCACAAUGGAUAUCCUGGUCGUCAAGGACGGCUGUACAAGACUGGGGAUCUCGGAAAAUAUGAUCCUGACGGUUCUGGAGGUAUUUUGUUCGUUGGAAGGAAAGAUACACAAGUCAAAUUGCGUGGACAGCGUGUCGAACUUGGUGAGAUUGAAAGUCAGCUUAUGGCCAGGUUGCCUUCAGAAUUCAGCGUGAUUGCCGAGGUGAUUGUGCCCCAGGGGCUUGGAGGGCAACCUACGCUAGUUGCAUUUAUCGGGCUACAGCAAAAGAAGGGACAAGAGAAUACUGAUAUAACAUCAAUUCAGCUUCCUGAAGAGCUGAGUCAACAGCUGUCAAAAGCCAGCACAGAAUUGACCAAGGUUUUACCGCGAUACAUGGUACCAACCGCGUAUAUACCAGUCAACUACAUUCCCGUUUUGAUCUCAAGCAAGAUUGAUCGGAAACGACUUCGGCAAUUUGGUGCGACCGUGGACUUGAGGGAAGUGAAUGAAGAAACAGCCCGUAACAACAACAAUUCUCGGGAGUUGGCCGACCUCGAGAAACGUUUGCGACAGGCUUGGGGUCAGAUAUUGAAGCUCGAUGCAGAAUCCAUUCGACUCGACGACAAUUUCUUUGCAUUAGGCGGAGACUCUUUGGCGGCAAUGAAACUCGUAACCGUUUGUAGAGAUGAAGGCCUCGAACUCAGUGUCAUCAAUACUUUUAAUCAUCCCACGCUCUCAGCGAUGGCUGAAGUCGUACACAUUUACAACUCACAAUCAGAGACGGAGACACCUGCAUUCUCAAUGAUUUCUCAACCCGCCGAAAGUGCUUGUCUCGAAGCAUCACAGAUUUGUGGAACAAACCAGGCAGCCAUCGAGAACAUCUAUCCUUGUACACCUACGCAGGAGUCGUUGUUCACAUUUGCGCUCAAGUCAACCGAGGUAUACGUUGCUCAGAGAGUCACAUGUAUUCCAUCACAUAUCGACCUCGAUGUCUGGAAGAGAGCAUGGGAGAAUGUCGUUGCGGCAAUUCCUAUUCUUCGGACUCGGGUAGCUCAACUUCAAGAGCCUGGCCUUCAGCAAGUUAUCCUCAAAGAAGGCAUCUCCUGGAGAAAUUCAGAUAAUCUGGAGCAAUAUCUCGAAAGUGAUCGCAAAGAGAGAAUGGAUCUGGGAAACAGCUUAGCUCGAUAUGCUAUUGUCAAUCAGCCAGACGACGAGAACAGAUACAUGGUCUGGACUAUUCAUCACGUAGUUUACGAUGGAUGGUCAGAACCGUUAUUGUUGAAAGCUGUUAGCAAUAUUUUGCAAGGUCAAAAGGUCGGGAUGCAGGCAUACAUGAGUGACUUCGUCAAAUAUGUGCGUGAUAUUGAUGAAGUCGCCAUGCAAGACUUUUGGCGACGUGAAUUGGAAGAUGCCGUUGGACCACAAUUUCCACGUUUACCUUCUAGAGACUACUUGCCAACUCCAGAUGCAAACCUUGAGAUCACCAUAACCCUCGAGAGGAGCACCAAGUCACCAUUCACAAUGGCAACGUUGAUUCGUGGUGCAUGGGCACUCGUGGCUUCGCAAUACACAGGAAGCGACGAUGUGGUAUUUGGCGAGACUCUCGCAGGUCGAGAUAUCUCGUUGAAGGGCGUCGAAAGUAUUGUUGGUCCAUUGAUUGCAACAGUACCUGUUCGCAUAAAUGUCAGCCGAUCAUGUUCUAUUGAGGCCUAUUUACAGAGUGUGCAACAAAGUAUGUUGGCACGCAUACCAUAUCAGCAUAUGGGGAUGCAGAAUAUUAGAAAAGUCAGCCAGGAUGCUCAGCAUGCUUGCGAAGCUGGAACAGGGUUGGUUAUCAAUUCGGAGCCAGAAUACGUGGGUAGUGAUCUUGGAUUUGAGUCGGGGGAUGUUGAACUUGAAUCACUUCAUUUCAACCCUUAUCCGCUAAUGUUGGCUUGUGGAAUACGUAAAAAUGGGUUCAGGAUCUGCGCAAAUUUUGAUAGCAGCCUGAUCGAGGUCUCGCAAAUGGAACGAAUGCUUGAGCAAUUGAGAAUGGCUUAUUCACAAUUAACCAAAGAUCUUUCUAGAAAGAUCGAGGAGGUAUCAUGUCUUCCCGAGGCGGAAUUAGACCAAAUCUGGCAACGGAACCAAACUCCUCCAUUGUCCCUAGAUAAGUCAUCCAAAAGGAUUCGAGCAGAUGCAAGCAUCAAACAAGGAUCAAUUUAUCCUCCAGCGGUAGUUUCCUGGGUAUGUGAUCCACGGAACCCAUCUCUACUGUCACCUAUUGGCUGUAUUGGUGAGCUCUGGCUUGAAGGGGCUUUCUUUUCAGAGGAGACCGUUGCAUCCCCAUCCUGGCUAGUUGCUGGAAGCUCUACAUACGGCGGUCGAACUGGCAUAGUGGAACCCACAGGCGAUAUGGUUCGACUGCUAGAAGACAAAAGCUUAGUAUUUGUUGGUCGAAAGGAGAAUGUUAUGCCGGUUCAGGGACAUGCGAUAGAUAUCACAGAACUCGAAACUCACUUGGCCAAAUACCUUCCACAAAAAGUGCGUGCCGCUGCGGCAGUAUAUCAAUCAUUACAAGAUGAUUCUCAACAAAGCUCAAAGCAAGAGCUGUUGGUCUUGGUAGAACAACAGCCUUCUGAUGAAAAUGUUGAGAUCUUGUCAUCAGAGCACGACAUAAUUUGCGAUGCCUCGAAUUUACAAAGUUUCAAGGCGGUCAUCUGUACCAAGAUCCCCUUGGAUCUUGCUCUAGCACUCAAAAAAUUCGACAAAUUCAUACAAGAUUCUCUUCCAUCAUACAUGAUGCCAUUUGCGUAUAUCGUAAUUGACAAAAUGCCUUCUGACAUGAAGGACGUUGAUCAUAAUUUACUAAAUCAGCUAGCCUCAAAAAUUCCCCGAACCGUACUCUCCGAGGUUCGUCAAGGAUUCAAAGAGGUCUGGUCAAACAACUCUACGAAACAGAAUCUGACGCCUUCGGAAAGCAUUCUCCAGGCUGCGUGGGCCAAUAUUCUUAGAAUCCCGUCAGAGAAAAUUGAUGUUGAUGACAACUUUUUCCGUCUUGGUGGCGACUCUGUCAUGGCGAUGAAACUGGUGUCAAGUCUUCGUAUGCAAGGCCAUGGCCUAACAGUGGCUGAUAUCUUUCAACACAUGCGUCUUGGUGAUGCUGCCAAAGUACUAAAAGUGGACCAAGUAUCCAUGAAUAAGGUUCAGCCUUACAAGCCAUUCUCGACACUGAACAGUUCAGACAUCAAGUCAUUCUUGUCCGAUGUUGUCCAGCCGAAGCUUGCAAACCAAAGUUGGACUAUUCGAGACGUAUCUCCGGUGACCGACUCUCAAGCUCUGGAUAUUAGAGGAACUAUCCAAUCACUACGCACCUCCAUACAAUACACUAUGCUGUACCUUGACGAAAGAAUCGAUCGACAACAACUAUUCCGUGCAUGCAAAGCGCUCGUCGAGACUCAUGAAAUCUUACGCACCGUUUUUAUUAAACACGAAUCAAACUUCUUUCAAGUGGUCAUUGAUGAGCUAGAUACUUCUGAUAUUACUACGCUAUGUGCUGACAAGGACAUUGAGCAAUAUGCUAAGGAACUCUGCACAACGGACAUUCAAUCGGGCUUUGAGCUUGGAUCCUCUUUCCUUAGAAUACUACAUGCCGAAGGCAGCAACGGUAAAGAAUGCCUCGUUCUAGGAUUGUCUCACGCCCUGUAUGAUGGUGUUUCCUUGCCCAUACUCCUCCGAGAUUUGGAAGUUCUCUACAAAGGAGAAAGGGUCGUCGAUUUUGAACCUUUCUCGUCAUACAUGACACGAAUUUGCAACAAGAAUACCCAAACUACCGCCAUUAAUUACUGGCGCAAUCUCCUCAAUGGUUCGUCUUUAUCCGUUUUGAAUGGAAGAUCAGCACAACGUACAGACAAAGCAAUCUUCCAGGCAAAAUCAGUCGAUGUCUCUCAACGUCCCGAAGAGAUUACCACGGCAAACUUGCUUACUGCAGCAUGGGCAUUAGUGCUAGCACGUCGCCUCCAGAAGCCAGAUGUGAUAUUCGGUAGCAUUACUUCAGGACGAAACAUUGACCUAGCUGGUGCGGAGAAUGUUGUCGGUCCAUGUUAUCAAUUCACACCAACUCGGGUCUCAUUCGAGCCCCAAUGGACAGCCAUGGAUCUCUUAAGAUUUGUCCAAAAGCAAAGUGCUGAAUCUGCUGCCUAUGAUUUCCUCGGCUUCGAUAAAAUCUCCAAGCAGUGCACUCAGUGGUCAUCUGACUCGGAGGCGCAAUUCUUCGACUCCAUUGUUCAUCAUCAGGACUGGGAUGAUUUCGACACCAUGCCUUUUGCAGGAGGGGAAUGCAAGGUGGAUAUUCUCAAUCCGCACGGAGAUGCGGCUACCCCUUUCAAGGCCGUCACGUUCGUUAAGGAAGGACAAAUGCAUGUUGGGGUGGUAGGAAGUGAAAGGGAUUCGGUCUUUGUGGAUACGGUUCUUGAUGAGUUGGCUGCUGCUAUUCAGGAAUUGGCGACUAAUCGGCCAGGAUUGUUGCUUGAUGGUCAAAGGUUUUAA